UGAUAAACAAUGGUGUCAUACUGCGGGCGCUCGCUCUCCAGCAAGUAUACACCUUCGCCUCUGCUUCAGAAUAACGGAUGUGUCCUGACGGCGACUCUGAACGGCUGGUCAGAUGGUGGGUGCAGUGAGUGCGACAGUACGAGUAGCAGGCACUACCAGGUGCUGGAAGCUGGGACUGCUGACCAUCGUGACGUUGGUGGUCAGUCAGUUCCUCUUGUUUCAUCUCGGCAGCACUUCCUUCUACUCUCCCAAGUGGUCUGCUUUGGUCGAAUCGCCCACUGAGUUGCCUGUCAAUUUCAAAUUUCUGAAUAUGGAAGAAGAGGAGGAGUCAGAAGAAGACAUCCCCUCCUAUUAUGAUGACGAAGAGGACCAAUGGGCUCGCAGCGGUGAGAAUGUUACAGCCCGCAGAGUCAGGCCUCCGUGCCCUGCCAACCCUCCCGGCCUAGUGGGACGACUCAGGGUGGAAAGGAACCCCCCCACUCUGGAGGAGCUGGAGGACUACCAUCCCGAGCUGACUAAGGGCGGCCACUACUGGCCGAGGAACUGCACGGCGCUCCACAAAGUCGCCAUCAUCAUCCCCUAUCGAGACCGCCGAAACCACCUGGCGGCCCUUGUCCUCCACCUGCACCCCUUCCUGCAGCGGCAGCUGAUCGAGUACAAUAUUUAUGUGGUGGAGCAGGCAGGAAACGGUCCGUUCAACCGAGGUAUGCUGAUGAACGUGGGUUUCACGGAGGCCCUCAAACAGUUCCCCUACGACUGCAUCUUGCUCCAUGACGUAGAUCUUGUGCCGGAGGACGACCGCAACCUUUACACGUGCCCGGAGCCGCCCAGACAUAUGUCGGCCUCCAUCAGCAGCCAUCAUUAUAGACUGAUGUAUGCAGAUUAUUUUGGGGGAGUGAGUGCCAUGACGGCGGAUCAGUACAGAGCCAUCAACGGGUUCAGUAACAAGUUCUGGGGAUGGGGCGGCGAGGACGACGACUUGUUCAGACGCGUCAGAUACCAGAAAAUGAACAUUUCCCGCUACCCCGGCGACCUGGGCCGCUACACCAUGCUCUCACACAAAAAAGCGAAGCCCAGCCCUACCAGACAUCGGGUACUACGUAAAGGGAAGAGAAGGUACAAGACAGACGGCCUCAACAGCCUCAAGUACCAGAUCCUGAAGACUGAGCGGCGACACCUGUUUACCUGGAUGCUCGUGGCUCUGCCCCGCCCCUGAGGCGGCCAAGAUAACGUCCGACCUUGAUUAGAUACUGUAGAUAUUUACUUCCUCUGUUUUAUAUUAAAUUAUUUAACAUAU